AUGGCCCGCACGGCCUUACACAUUACUUCAACAGACGGAAACUCGGAAGCGAUGCCCCAACAUGUUCGCAAUCAUGCUGACCCCAGCUUCAACUCCGAWAACUUUCAGUCUUCCGACGCUUGCCAACGCCAUCUUGACAGUCUCCUCGGAUUCACUUAUCUCGAAUCUUUCGACGAGCUGGGGAGGUGGUGUAGUAAUGAUGUCGAUCCCAUAUCGAUAUCAAAUACCCCAUUGCUGGAACGUCAACCAAGGCUUGAGUCUGUGCCAGGGAAGUCUUCUAAAGUCAUGCUGAUCCACGACUACCAAGGAGGAUACAAUCGCUACGAAGCAUGUCAGGGAGCAUUCACCAAUGCGGACAUGUACUCGUGUGAAUACCUUCAGCACGUCGAAACUUUCGUGUACUUCUCACACAAACUGGUCACCAUUCCUCCGCCGACGUGGAUCAACAGCUGUCAUCGAAAUGGAGUAUAUUGUCUCGGAACUUUCAUCGUUGAGCCCGGAACGAAGGACAUGCAAUGUAUCUUGGAAGCGGAUGAGCUGGGCAGCUUCUGGGUUGCCAGCCAACUCGCUCAAAUAGCCGAGAUCUAUGGCUUUGACGGCUGGCUGAUCAACAUUGAAGAGUCGUUUCCACUUCUAUCAUGGAGUAUUGACAGAAUGGAAGGCUUUCUUAGACAGUUGAGGCGAGAUGUCGGCACUCAGCGAAGARUUGUAUGGUAUGACGCCUUGACGACGCUUAAUUUCGUAUGGUACCAGAACACGCUCAACUCUCUCAAUCUGGCCUUUGCUUCUGCAGCAGGCUCCAUCCUGACAAACUAUGCCUGGACUCCAGAGCUGGCCAUGCCAGCUCGACACAUCGCGGAGAAGAGUGGGCUAGGUCUUGAUAAUGUAUACUUCGGAAUCGACAUGUGGGCACAGAACAUACAGACUGGUCGGCAUCGUAGAGUGACAUACCCAGUCAAAGGCGGUGGUGGAACGGGCACCGGACUUGGUCUAAAAUCACUGAAGGAGCUUGGACUGAAUACCGGUAUCUUUGCACCUGGUUGGUCUUUCGAACAUUUUCCAACGGCCAGCUGUCGAGCGGUAGAGAGAUCGAUCUGGCUGGGCGACGAGCUACCCGUUGACCUAGCCUGCGACUGUCUUCCAGAGACUCCACACGAGCUUGUCCCUUACAGAUACAAUGGCAUCAUUGAGCACGCGGAAAGAUACCCCUCAGGGACGCGAUCUUUCUUCCACACAGACUUCACACGAGCAUUGAACCCGACCACAAGCAGGGCCUUUUUUCCCCACAUUGGAGCUCAGUCUGUACUGCCAUUGCGAAGCACAGCUGUGCUGGAUUCAACUUCCCAGCAGACACCACGAAGCUAUCGCAUUUACGAUAGAUCAGUAUCGGCUUCUCUAUCCAGCGUCCCGGCGAGACUGAUAAUUUCCAUAGACAGCCCGCAAGAACCCGUUCUGUCAAAUCGGGUCACUGCUAUCCUACCGCUUUUCGACCUUUUCAUCUCAGCCAGCAACACUCAUGAGCUCUCGGUAUCUUUCCGAAAUCCUGAGAUGUCGCCGUGCACACUGAUGCUCGUUGUACAAUGGUCAUUGGGACAUCAACAUCGUAUCGAGUUGCCGCAUAAAUCGCACGACGUACAGAACAUCAAAAAACAUCUACCAUCCAAAGAAGAGGCCAUCAGUGGUAUUUCUCUCGAGGUAAUAUGUGCCGACGAGAGAAUGCUUCCCAAGAGCAAGAUCAGCAUUCUGGAACUAUUCUCACUCACUAUCCAGCCUUCUGGAAUUGAUCAAUGCUGUGACAUCACUAAUUUAAGGCUCGAGGAGCGUGGCGAGGCAGAACGUAGGCACCAUAGGUUGGCUUGGGAGGUCGACGGAUGGAAGCACGAGCAAGCAUGGGAGUCAUCGGGCAUCUCUUUCAGCGCCACCACGGGUCCAUGCGCGUACUUCAUGGUCGAGAUCAAUGGCAACCCUGCUGGAAGGGCAUAUGCGCUGGAGUUUGUGGUGCCGGGAAAUACAGAAAGGGUAGUUGRCUUGGACGGGACUAUCGAGGCACAGAUCACAGCAAUUGGAUUCGAUGGGCGGAUUCUGGCAAAAAAAGGGGAGACGCUUCACUGGCCUGUUGGGGAUGAGGAUUGGGUAUUAGUAAGUCGCAAGGACGGGGAUGGUGCUUGA